UUUAUCUUUUUGAUUUAUUUUAGUCUUCACUAAAUUAAUAUGAAGAUUAUAAAUUUGAUGGACAAUAAUUAAUGGAAAGUUUUCAAUUGAAAAAGCAUGAUUUUAAUGAACACUAAAUAUGGAAGAGUGAAAAAAAUUUUCUUUCAUGUUUCUGUUUUGUUUCAUAUUUUUAUUUUCAAAAUUUCAAGUUUUGAUUUUAGUUAUAGAUUUGAUUAUUUUAUUUGACGGUAGAAUCAUUUAUACUUAUUUGUUCAUUUAUUUGAACAUGUAAUAUUUUUUUAAUAAAUGACUAUCUUGACAAUAUGACUAAAAAUUCAUAUAAUAUGAUCUCAAACAAAAUAAUUAUGUUUUUUUGGUAUAAAACCGAAUAAACCGAAAACCGACGGUAUAUAAACCUAACCGAACCGAAGUAAAUAUGGAUCUAGAAUGGUAGUUAUAUUUUACUAACCGAAAUACCGAAAACCGAAAAAAACCGAACCGAAACCGAACCGAUAUCCGGAUUGAACACCCCUAGAAAUAAACAAAAUACUCGAAAACGACUUAUGUAUCAAAUUCCAGCUGGCUCAGAAUUAAGUAGGUUAUAGAUGAUAUAAUGUAUUAACUAUUAACUACCAAACCCUUUUUUUUUUUUCAAAUACUCAGAAAAACAUAAAUUAUCACACCACAUUCAUUUUACACAUAUAUCUUUCAUUUAUUAAUCUGAAUAGUGAAAACUAUCAAGAACCGAAAUCUAAAAACAUUUUGUAAGAUAGCAUAUUUAGUUAUUUACAUUUCACACCGUAGCAUUCGAAACAUGCACAUGCAAGCUUCGAUUUACUUUUUUUUUUUAUUAUAAUAAUUAUAUUAGUUGCUCCUAAAUCGGGCUUUGGAUACCUGAAUACAGGUAGUAAUCGGAUAAAAGAAUAUUUCAAUGGAGCCCUAUUUUGUGUUGGGUUUGUGAGAACCUAUUGAUAAAGGUAUAAGAAAUAAAAUAGUUUGCAGGAUCGAGAAUUCAAUAUCAAUGACGGAAAAUAAGUUGAAUAUAAAAUGGUAUAGUUUCCGGCCCGAUAAAGAUUGUCUAAGCCCAUGAUUUUUUGGAUAAACAAGAAAUAGAUAAGCUUCUGCUCUUUUAUAAUGCAUCGCAUUUUCAUAGUGUCCCUUACAGCAUCAGCACUGGUUAGGACGUGAUUAUUCCGUAUCCUUGCUCUUGGGUCCUUAAUACAUAUAUAUUUAUAUACAUUCAAAUAUAUAUAUAUAUUAUGCGUAUAAUAUAUAUAUUCAAAUAUAUGUGUAUUAAAGAUCCAAUAGCAAGAUCCCCUAAUAAUUAUGUUCUUAUUAGAGCAUUUUGAAUGGGAAGUUCUAUCAUUGAAGUUCUUAAAAUGCAUAUGUGUGUAUAUAUAUGUUAUAUGUAAUUAUGGAACCCACUACUUUUGUGAAGAACUCCAUCAAAAGAUUCUAAAAACAUUACACAUAUAACAUAUACACAUGCAUUUUAAGAACUCCAAUGAUAGAACCUCCCAUUAGAGAUGCUCUUAGUUUCUCAAAACUAAUUUUUAGGUAAUAUUAUAUUAGUAUAUUAAGAUAAUUUGUUUUUUGUAGUAAAAUUAAAUAUCUAAAAUUUUGUUGUAUCACUAAAACAAAGAGACUCUCUCUCCUUUUUUUAGUUUUUUUAAUAAUAUUUUGGUUUAGAAUUAUGGGAAGAGUUCUAUACUAAAGAUACCCGGAGCUUCCCACUAAAGAUGUUUUUAGUAGAGAGCUCUUCCCAUAAUUCUCAAUCAAAAUAUUAUUAAAAAAACUAAAAAUAUGAGUGAAAGGAUAAAAUUAUAGAGAAUCAUCCCUUUAUAAAGAGACUUCCAAAAGCAUUUGAGAAAGUAAUUCUACGGAUAUCUUUGUUUUAGUAAUACAAUAGAAUUUUAGAUAUUUUUACUAUAAAAAGCAAAUCAUCUUAAUAUACUAAAAUAAUAUUACCUAGAAAUUAAUUUUGCUGAUGCUCUAAGAGCAUUAUUAGUAACGAAGUAUCUCUUUCUAAUUCUCAUCUAUUUUAUAACAAUAAAUAACUAAAUAUCAAAUAAAAUAAAUUUGAGUCAUUGAUAUAUUAACACCUGGCACUAAGUAUUUUUCAUGUUUUCUUUGUCUCUGGGAGAAGAAACAUUUCUGUUUUUCUUUCCUCUUCUUCUUUUUCUCUUUCAGCAUUUUGUGACUUUUUCUAACAAAAGAUUGGGUGAGAUAUUCACGCUGCAGAUGCUCUUACAUGUUUACUAAUUUUUGAGAGUAUUUCCAUAUGUCUAGAGGAGAUUUUCAAAAAAAUAUUGAAAUAAUACUAAUAAGGAAUAGAUUAAAAAAACAAAGUAAUCUAUAAGUAUCCCAAAAUUUGAGAUAUGCAAAAGUAUUUCAUUUGAAAUACUAUGAGCAUCUCAAGUUUUUUGAAAUAUCCUCAUAUUACUUUACUACUUUUCUUUUUAUUAUAUUUUCAAAAAUCUAGUAAGAUACUAUGAGUAGAGAUGUAGCCUUUGAACAUAAUGUUAUGAUUUCCAAUAAUUUUUGUUGGUGUUAUGCGUAAAGUAUCUACAUUCGUGAUGGACUGUUGCUGAGCAACUAACUUAUAACAAGCUCUUUAUUAUAUUGUACAGUCGUUUAAAUUAUACGUUUUGUCUGUAUUACACUUCAAACAUAUCUGUUUAUAAGUGCAUAUAGUCCUGAGUGUAUAUUAAAUAAACAUCAUGCAGGUAAUGACGCAUUAACUAUAUUUAAUAUUACAACUCUCCAGAGUAUUGGGUGCGACUGGUGUAGUAACUAACCUGGCCGUGAAGUGCAAGAUAGAAGAUGGUUAUCAUAGUUUUUUUGUCAACGAUGAUUAUCAUAGCCGGGAGUUAAAUCUCUUUUGUCAGCAUCUCAGUUUAUACAAUACAAAUGUUUUCGAAAUUUCAGAUUGGGAGAAAUGUCUCACGAAAAAAUAUAUUUAUAAAAAUAAAUAGCCAUCUCAAAUGUUGAAAAUCUCAGUCAAAAUUAAAAUAUUUCAAAUUAAAUGUUUUGUAUAUUUAAAUUGAGAGAUAAGCACACAUAAAAGAAAAUUCAAUACUCUUAAUUCCAUAAUAUCUUAGAAAACCACACAUCAUUUGAAAUUGUUAGAUUGAAAUAUGAUUCUAUAUUAAGAAGUUAGUUAGUAUAAUAUAUAUAUAUGUGUGUGUGUGUGUGUUAAUUGGUUUUUCGAUCACUUAAAGUGUAUAUAUUUCUCUAAAUAUAAUGAUCAACUUUAGUUGUUUGUUUUAAUAUGUUGUUAUUUUGAUCGUCUACUUGAGCAUCAAAAAAAAAAAUCCACCUAACUUUUCUUCGUAAAGGUAUUUAUAAUACGAGUAAUUAAGAAACCAAGAAACUUCAUCUCAUUUAGGUCAAAAUCUUAUAAUAACUAAAACAACGAUCGAAUCAAUGAGUCUAUGCUUAUACAAUUACAAUAUUAGCAAUUUUUAUAUAUAGAUUAAUUACUAUAAAACCAAAAGUCACACCAUGCUUUUUGCUUUGACAAGCUUUCUUAUCUUCAUUCACAUGCAUCUCCUACCUCUUUCUCUUAGUGUUGACUUUUAAUAACCCCAAUAUGCUUCGGUUUCCAUGUCUUAUAAUUAAAUAGCUGACCAAAACUUCUCUAUAAAUUCUCUUCUUCCUCCUCUAAAACCCAUCAAACCGCAGCCGCCAUGAACGCCUUCCAACCGCCGCCGCCGACGCCGGAUUACAACGGCCUGCUCGGUACUGACGAUACAGGAGGAUUCAGAUACGGGAUUGGAGUCUCCAUCGGAGUGCUUCUCCUCAUCACAACCAUCACCCUCGCCUCUUACUUCUGCGCACGUAAACAGCACUCUUCAGAAACCGAUCAAGAUUCAACACAUGUCCAUCACCACCACCACCAUGUCAUCAUUGACGUUGUCCCAGGUCUGGACGAGGACACCAUUCAAAGCUACCCGAAGAUCCUCUAUUCGGAAGCGAAGAGAAGCUCCACGUCGUCGUGUUGUCCCAUUUGCUUAGGAGACUACAAGGGGAAUCAUCUGCUGCGGCAACUACCAGAUUGCAAACACCUCUUCCACCUUAAAUGUAUCGACACGUGGCUUAGACUCAAUCCUACGUGUCCUGUCUGCAGGACUUCGCCGCUUCCUACUCCUCUCCCCACUCCCCUCGCCGAGGUUGUUCCCUUAGCCUCCUCCGUCGCCACCACCAGGAUGUCAUGAUUAAUUUAUUAUACUCCGAAGCCAAAAGUAGUGUUCAUGAUAUAUAUAUAUAUAUAUAUAUAUAUAUAUAUAUAUAUCUUCUUAAAUUUUUCUUUAGUUCCUUGUAAAGUUUUCAUUUUUGGUCACUAAUUUGAUCAUCGUAUAUAUUCUUUGAAACCAAAGAUUUGUAAAAGGAAGAAAACUAAGGGUAAUUUUACAAUUUUGUUGGCUGCUUUGGUUUUUGUUUUAUUUUGUAAACAAGUUGAAUUCUAUGCCAUGAAAGAAUAAUGAAAGUCGUUUUGAAAUAUGUUUCUUCA